AUGAAUAAUUUGCAUAUAAAAUAAGAAGAUCAACAAGCCUUGCGUAAUAUACAAAUACCCAAAUAAAUCUCUAUGUUCCCAAGUCAAUAGUAUUUUUCACAAUAUUAUAGUCCAACUAUGAUUUAUUUCCAUCAAGAACACAUGAUAAUUCAAAAAUUCUUGAAGGCUUUGCACAAUCUACAGGUUGCUUAAGGCUAAUUACACAAUUCUCCUAAAUAUCCGUUUGUGAUUUAAGUUUCGAAUAAUCAAAUUUUGGUUCAUUUGGGAAGAAUAUAAUUAGAUAUAAGUAACAAGUUUGGACAUAUCUUUUCUCCUUAAAGCUACUAUGUUCCAUAGUAUGCUUAAGUUAUUUCUUAAUACCCAAAGCUAAAACUUCACAUUCAAAAGAAAAGAUAGGUAAGAUUAAUGUAGGAUUAGAAGGACACAAAGAAUAUUCCAAAGAAUUACUGUAAAAGCAUUAUAACUUUUGCAUGUAAGAAUCAAUAGAACCUUUGCAUCAGAAUUCUAAAAGAUCAAGUGAAAGUUGUGAAAUUUAUAAAUAAGAUUUCUCAAUAUAAGAAAUAGUUACUAAACAUAAGGGUUUUCAGUGCUUUAUUGUAAAGAUCUGAAGAUCCCGAGGAAGAAGAGUAUAGACUAGCAUUCAGAAUAAUUAGUUAAAUUUUUAUUAAGAAAUAGGCCAUAAAUUAUAUAUUUAAUUCAAAAAUUGCUCAGCACAACUGGCAUAUGAAAUAUAGAUAAAAAAUAUAUAAGGGUAUCAAAGAUCCUAAUAGAUUUUCUCACAUUAAGAAUUUAUGAAGUGAAUAAUCAAUGAACUUCUAUAAUUAUUAAUAUUAUAAUAUACAUAAAUCCAAA